UCUAAUCUGGAGGAGAUAUCAGAGUUUGACGAGCAUCUCUCUCGUGGCGAUCAUUGUUGAAAUCUCGUGAUGUGGCGCCCGUUCCUUAAAGACGUUUUUUAUUUUUUUAAUGUUCCCCCUCCCUUCGAAGGUGAAUCCGAACUGAUUCUGAGUCUGCUGUUUAUCUAUGACCUAUUCUGAUUGCAACCACCCUCGUUUUGUGGACUGGUUAUCCAUAGGCAAGACACCUGCGUAUUGCGGUUCCGCGGAGGGAAACAAGCUUAAAUUGAUCCAGGAUUGUAUGCAUCCAAAAACCAAUCUCACCGAGUAGCCCAAGGCCGAAUAGCCAUGACCACCAUAGAGCCCCCACCGGCAGAGCAGGUCAAAAAGGACAUCGCACAGAUCAAAGAGUGGCUCACGGCAACCCCACACCUUCCAAGCGUGGAGGAUGAGGACUGGCUAGAGACAAUCCACCGCAACUGCAAGUUCCGGCUUGAGAAGACCAAGUCCAAGCUGGACGCCUACUUCUCGCUUAAGGGUAAGCACCCAGCCAUCCUGCGCGACAGAGACCCCUUGGCGCCGGCCCUGGUGACAGCCCGCUCAGCAGUGACUCUAGCCGUCGCCGAACAGGUGACCAAUGAUGGAUCGCUCCUCGUUUACCAUAUCCACCAGCCGGACCACAGCAUCCUCAAUGCCGCCGACUACUAUAAGAGGAUCGUAAUGCUCCAUGACGUCAUCCUGCUAGAACGGCUUGCGCCUAACGGCGUCCUGUUUAUUGUCGAUUUUACUCAUUUCCGGUAUCAACAUUUCCUGAAGAUAAUGAUGCAUGUAAGAGCGCUCGUGGAGAUUUUAGUGAGCUGCUACGCCGAGAAGAUAAAAGCAGCGUACUUGAUCACCGAAUCUGAGCUGGUUGUGCAAAUGAUCAAAUUGAUAACUAAGCUGUCACCACAGAAGAUGCGCGAAAGAGUUAAAUUACAUGGGACUUCGAUGAGUAAAAUGCCACGUGAGGUCGACGAGGAGGUCUUGAGCAAUGACCUUGGUGGAAAAGGGCCUUCAUUGGCCCACUUAGAAGAGAAGACACAGCAGUUAUUAGAAAAGUAUCGCGAUUGGUUUCUGGAGCAGGACCGGAUCUGCGAAAAUUUGGCAAAGAGAAGCAAGAAGGAGCUGAAGGAGUCAUUUAAGAAACUAGAAAUUGACUGAAAUCGCCGCUUGAAACCUGACCUCCUCCGUAAUUCUGCCAAACGGAACUACGUGCAUUACGACGUGAACCCUGUUAUACAUACAUUCUUAUAGGUCUCAGGGCUCAUGUCGUAAUUCUGUAUGGCACAGAGUCACAAAUUCGUAACAACGUAUUUUUGGGGUUUUUAAAAAUUGAAUCUCAUUUCCUCUGAGGCUUAAUUUUGCAAAUUUCCUUUUUCUUUUUUGAAAAACUGAUUCCCUCAAAUUUAAAAUGUUUAAAAAAAAUUGGUACUCUAAGUUUUUUAUGUAAGCUACAAAAUAGAAGUGUCCCCUAGAAUCUAAGAUUCAAAAUUAAUUCAAACCAUAGAGGGUUAAUGCACAUAGUUACGUUUGGCAGACAUCCAAAUUUCCAUUUGUCUUUCGCCUCUCUCAUGUCCACAUCAUUUCAUUCUCGUUCCUAAUUAUUUUUACUCCUAUUUUUCAAUAGCUCUUUUGGUUUUUGAAAAAGAGAGAAAAUUGUUUUAAACUAAGAUGUAUAACUUUGAAGUUGAAUAUAAUAUAAUUGUCACAGGCACUUAGCAGUCGCUGGCAAAUCGCAUUAUCGGCGCACAAUGGAUCGAGUCCAUAGGAGAGGUCGGACACAAUGUUGAAACUUUAAACCCCUAAAACUCCGUUUAUACAAAACUUCGAGGUUCUAAAAGUGA